UCAACCCAUAAACCCCAAAACAGCGCCGAGAUGGUUUUAUCGAACCGAAGGCUGAAGCAGCAGCUCAGGCAGAAGAUAUCCGAUUCGUUAUUGACAUUCGAAAUCGUCAAGUCCGACCAGUCAAGCAAUGACGGGUCUGACCCGAACCCGAAUCAGCAGCCCCAAUCGAUGAGGGCGCUUCUGGGUUCGGCGACCCAGAAGCCCACCUUGUCGAAGCGAGCAAAGCGGAGGAAGCUCGCCGCUUUGCGAGGUCCGGCCACGAGCGGCGGCGGCGGCGGUGAUUCGGGGGUUGAGAAUGGAAAGAGUGGAGCAUUGGGUUUGGAGGGAAAUGGGGAUUUGAAGAUGGAAAUUGGGUCCGGGAGUUUUGGGGUUGAGAAGAAGAAGAAGAAGAAGAAGAGGAAGAGUGGAGAUUUGGGUUUGGAGGAAAAUGGGGAGUUGGAGAUUGGGGAUGAGAGUUUGGGGAAGAAGAAGAAGAAGGAGAAGAAGAGGAAGAGAAAUGAGGAAGAAGAAAAGAGUGGGGAUUUGAGUUCAGAGGAAAAUGGGGGUGUGAAGGAGACUAAGAAGCCAAAGAAGAAGAAGCCCAAGUGGAAGAAGAAGAAGGAGGCAAAGGGUGAGGAGGAGAAGGGGUUUCAGGUUGUGAGGGAAGAGAAGAAGGGUGUUGUGGUUGUGAGGGAGGAGCAGAGUGUUGAUGAGACUAGUAAGGAAGCCGAAAGGCAAGAAAAUGCGGAGUUUGCGACAAAAGUUUAUGUUGGAGGGAUUCCUUAUUACUCAACAGAGGAUGAUAUUCGAAGUUACUUUGAAAGCUGCGGCUCCAUUACUGAUAUUGAUUGUAUGAGGUUUCCUGACACCGGGAAAUUCAAUGGAAUUGCCAUCAUUACCUUUAGGACUGAAGCUGCAGCUAAACGAGCCUUGGCUCUUGAUGGAGAUGACAUGGGUGGACUGUUUCUGAAAAUCCUGCCUUAUAAAACAACUCGGGUCGAUAAAGUAGCCAAUAAAGUAGUUAAUAAAGUAUCUGAUUUUGCCCCAAAACUUGUGGAGGGCUACAAUAGAAUCUACGUUGGAAAUUUGUCGUGGGAUAUUACCGAGGGCGAACUGAGGAAGCUUUUCUCAGAUUGCAAGAUAUCGUCUAUCAAUUUUGGCAUGGAUAAGGAAACAGGAGAAUUCCGAGGCUAUGCCCAUGUGGAAUUUCUUGACAGUCUCUCACUGACGAUGGCAUUGAAGUUGGAUCAGAAGGUUGUGCUUGGGAGACCUGUCAAGAUAAGCUGUGCAGUUCCUCUGAGAAAACCAGGGAUCCAUCCCAAGUCUGAAUCUACAAGUACAGGUACCCUUUCGCAGGCUGUAGCUACUACUGCAAGUGCAGGAGCUGAUAAUGCCGGGCUGAGUGCCAUCAGUGGUAAGCUUAAGAGAAGGACCUGCUAUGUGUGCGGUGAAAAGGGCCACGUUUCUUCACUUUGUCCACUGAAGCAACAAGUGAAUGUAAUAGAUACUAAUGCUUCUGAUACAAAGCCUGUAACGACUACAAGUAUGCUUUCGGAGUCUGUAACAACAAGUACAGAAGCUGCUAAUACUGAGUUGAGUUCUGUCAGUGGUAAGAUUAAGAGAAGGACAUGCUAUGAGUGUGGCGAGAAGGGCCAUGUUUCUACAGCUUGUCCACAGAAGCAAUCUUUUGCAGCAUUAAUAGAUACCAAUGCCACCUUUACGACACCUGUACAUACAAUUACAAGUCCUGCAUUGGAGUCCAUAGCUGUAACUCCUACUGGAGUUGAUAAUACUGGGUUGAGUUCCAUCAGUGGUAAGAUUAAGAGAAGAACAUGCUACGAAUGUGGGGAAAAGGGUCACGUAGCUACAGCUUGUCCGAACACACAAUAUGCUCAACCAAUAGAAACCCCUGCAAGGCAUAGAAAGCCUGUACCAACAACUCCAACUCCCCUUCUGGAGCCUGCAGCUACAGAACCCGAUAAUACUGGAUUGAGCUCCAUGAGUGGUAAAAUUAAGAGAAGGACAUGCUAUGAGUGUGGUGAAAAGGGCCAUAUAUCUUCAGCUUGCCCAAAGAAACAAAGCUGA